AUGAAGCUCACACGAGCUCCUGUUCUGAGCUUCACUUUGCUUCUGAGCAACACUGUUGCUGCGCAGAAGCCGCUGGUAGACUCUGCAUCCUUCCAGGCAGAUAUUGUUUCAGACAACCUACAAGCGGAUCUCGUGGCUUUCGACGAGAUUGCAACCGCUAAUGGGGGAAACCGAGCCUUCGGCUAUCCUGGCUACGACGCGUCAGUGGACUUUGUCUGGAGCAAGAUAUCGCAGCUCGAGGGUGUGAAAGCCUGGAAACAGGACUUCCCCGCCGUUCUAAAUCGCGACUCUAGAGCCAAUCUCACCGUCAACGGGGUCCGGUACGAGGUCUUCCCGGUCUAUACAUCCCCAUACACGCCAACGGGGGGGCUGACGGCCGAUGUCGUGGUCGGACCUGCAGGCAGUGCAGGGUGCGAAAUUGCUUCUUACGCCGACCUUGACGUGACUGACAAGAUCGUCUUGGUCGAGGCUGGAGAUUGUCCUGGUGUGCGCCCCGGAUUCCUCGACGGCAAGGUAGUGCCAGCUGCGAGGUCUGGUGCUCUCGCGACCAUCAUCUACAACAAUGUUCCCUCUCGUCAGACUUCUGCGGGGCUCUCGAGGUCGGAUCCUAACGACAUUCCCGCAGUGUUCAUCAACAAUGCCCCCGGACUGGAACUAAAAGGGAGGAUCGAGGCUGGGGAAAUUGUUAACGCCACGGUGUUGUCUGCAGAGAUUACAGACACUAGAAUCACCCAGAAUGUCUUUGCUGAGACGAUUGGCGGUGAUCCUGACAACACCAUUAUUCUCGGAGCCCAUCUUGACAGUGUUGUGUCUGGUCCUGGUAUCAAUGACAAUGCAUCCGGAUCGAGCCUGUUGCUGGAGCUGGUGACGGCCCUGUCCAAGUACACAACGAAGAACCGGGUACGAUUCGCCUGGUGGGGUGCCGAGGAACGAGGCCUACUCGGGUCAAGGUACUAUGUCAACAACCUAGCAGCAGAAGAAAUAGCCCGAAUCCUGGCGUACCUCAACUUCGACAUGGUAUCCAAGGGCUACUUUGGGGUCUUCGACGGCGACGGUAGCACGCACGGCGCCGCUGGUCCGCCUGGAUCUGAUGCGAUCGAGCAGCUUUUCGUGGAUGACUUCACUUCCAAGGGUUUGGUGGUUACACCGGCCCAAUUCACGAAUGGAAGCGACUAUGCGUCAUUCUGGCAGAUCCUGAACAAGCCCGUUGGUGGUCUUCACACUGGCACCGGAGUUGAACAGGACCCUUGCUACCACGCGCCCUGCGACGAUAUCAGGAACCCUAACAUUACCACCUUGACGAUUAACACGAAGGCCGCAGCUCAUGUUCUAUCAGUCCUAUCGACCACCUGGUGA